AUGUUUUCAAGUCUCCCAAACUUCACCGAGCUAAGGGACCUUCACAAACGUGCAAAUGACCUCCUUCAAUCUUCUCAAGUCCAACAAGCCUUAGGCCAACACCACCAAGAGGCUACGACGACGUCGGUCCGAGAAAUCUCCGAGGCAUCAUUAGAGAUGCUAGAUCUUAGUGGCAUAACAAGGGAAAUCCAUUCAUUAGUUAAAGAACAUUUGCAAGAGUUACAACACACGUUACGUCGAGCCAAGUUCGAGGCCGGAGGGUCCGAUUUCGAGGCCCAAAUGUCGGCUCACGGGCUCUAUAGGAAGAAGCUUAACAAAGAGUUGGCUAAAUGCUUAAGGACAAUCAAUGGGAGUAAAAAUAAGUAUUUUACGUCGGAUCUUUCACUAAUUGACCAAAAUCUUAUAGUAGUUGUACAUGUUUUAAGGGAGAUUAGAAGGGCUACUAUUUCUCUAGUAGAAUCUUUAUUAAAUCUCCUUUCAUUCCCUACUACUAUAAGUAUUGUUCAUAGCCAAAGAUCAUUAUCAUCGUCAUUAGCCUCGAAAUUUCGACGUGUAAAUUGUCAACGGUUGCUGGAACGAUGCGAUUCGAUGGAGAUUCGAAUGGCGAAUAAGAGAUUGGAAGAAGUUGAGAAGACAAUGGAAGAUGUUGAGGUUGAGUUAGAGUGUAUUAUUAGGAGUUUGAUCCAUACUAGAGUUUUACUCUUAAACAUAGUUAAUUAUUAG